AUGGCGGACGACAUUAACAUGACAAUAUACAGGAAGAAGAUGAAGGUACACGUUUCCAAAACUUUGAGCAUAGUCAAGGGCUGGGAGUACCUUGGUACCAUCGCAGCGGAGAACAUCUGUGGUCCAGAGUAUUCGCACGUCCCUUAUCUCGUCGACACAUAUGCCUAUCAAUUCGGUUCCAUCUUUGUCCAGGAAACUUCCGACGUACAGUGUUUCUGUACUGCUCCGCAGCUGAAAAUCCUUGGUCCCAUUCAGGACUUUUUAAAUCCUGGGAAAACGGACCGCAGAUGGCUGGACAAAGAACUUCCAGCCAUUAAAACGACCGGCGAUCACGUGAACUAUAAAGUUGUUCUAGAAAACUCGAAACACAGUAUGAGGUUCAGAGCCUACGACGCCUUCUUCUUGGAGAAGCCACCAGAUAUGUCGGUCGAGGGAGACGUGACCAUAGAUCGGUCGAUCCACGAUGAGUUGUCUCAUACUGACUGGUUCGGUCUGAUCACCGGAGUAUUCAUGGCGGAUACCACGGAUAUUUACUUGGUCCGGCAUCAUCGGGAGAGGACGUUCUUCAUCGGCGACAAACAGCACACCGCCUUCUUUAAAUACAUCAUCUGCAAAAUGGACCACAAAGGAACCGUCCUGGAAACCGCGAGCGCGAAGAUCGAGUGUAAAUGGCUACCGAUCGAGGACAGAGACUUGAACUCGUUACCCAUUACCAAAUUCGUCAGCCAGGCCUCCAAAGUCAAGCCUGCUUCGCGUAGCUUUAAAAAGUGUAGUCUAUGA